AUGCCGCGCCAGCCUUGCCGCAAAGAGUACACCGUAGGAUGGGUAUGCGCACUACCUAUCGAGGCCACAGCGGCGAGAGCGUUGCUGGAUGAGAAAUACGAUGUUCCUGUCCCAGAUUCUGGGGAGAAUAUUGAGGACGUAUACCACACGGGGUCCAUGGCCGGUCAUAACGUCGUCAUCGCAUGCCUUCCAGGACGUACUGGAACAAGUUCGGCGGCGGCUUUAGCGACACGGAUGCAAGCCAAAUUCCAAGGAAUUCAGUUCGGACUCAUGGUAGGCGUUGGCGGAGGGGUGUCGAGCGAGCGAAAUGACAUAAGACUUGGAGACGUGGUUGUGAGUGUCCCGGAUGGUAUCCAUGCAGGCGUUGUGCAAUACGACCAAGGAAAGACGACAACAACCAAAGUUAUUAGAACAGGAAGCUUAGAUUCGCCACCACGAAUACUUCUCAGUGCAGUGGGGGCUUUGGAAUCUGACGCCCUUCUGGGCGAAAGCCAGCUACUCAAGAUCCUCUCGGAGAUUGAGCACAUACGCAAGCUCCGGCGUAGUGAAUCGAGUCUUGAUGUGCUUUACGACGCAACCUACAACCAUGAAGGAGGUCCAACAUGUAAAAAUUGCCAUUCCGACAAGCAAGUGAUUCGUUCACAACGCAGCAAAGAAGAAGAAGUAACAGUACACUAUGGCACCAUCGCGUCGGGCAACCAAGUGAUGAAGAGCGCUAUUGAGAGAGAUCAGAUUAGCGAAAGCCUUGGGGGUGUACUCUGCUUCGAGAUGGAAGCAGCUGGACUCAUGAACAGCUUCCCAUGUCUUGUAAUUCGUGGCAUCAGCAAUUAUGCGGACUCGCACAAGAAUGAUGAAUGGCAGGGCUAUGCAGCCGCAACUGCAGCAGCGUAUGCCAAAGAGCUUCUCCUCAAGAUCCCACCAGCACAAGUACUUGAAACAGCCAGGAUAGCAGAGGUUAUGAGCAGUAAGAGAGAACAAGACGCGCCAUCGGCAAACGCCAACGAGGCUACCUCUAAGCGCAGAAAGAUCGGAAAUUCCAGUACUCCAGAGAACGGUCUUGAAGAGAAGAGUGAGCCCAUGCAGAAAGCCCUACAGCAACUGGGAAAUCGCUCCGUCAUGUGCUUCGUUGAUGCACUCGACGAAUGUGACGAAACACAGAUCGGGGAGUCCUCUGUUGAAAAUGGCGUACGUUUCUUGACCUGCUUUGCAAGUAGGCACUAUCCUCGCAUCUCCAUCCGCAGAAGCCUUGAAAUUAUGCUAGAACAGCAACAAGGCCACAGUCAAGAUAUCACCAACUACAUUGAAAUUAAGCUGGAAAUUGGAAAAACCAAAAUGGCCCAGCAAGUUCGAGCCGAAGUCCAAGAGAAGGCAACCGGAGUCUUUAUGUGGGUUGUUCUGGUGGUAGGCAUUUUGGACAAAACAUACUUCCGUGGUCGCCUUUUGGAGUUGCGACAAAAAUUGGACGAAAUCCCGGGCGAUUUGCACAGUCUGUUUCUCAACAUUCUCACCCGGGAUACGAACAAUAAGGAAGAGGUAGUUUUGUGCAUUCAAUGGGUACUCUUCGCGAAACAGCCACUUAGUCCCGAGCAGUUGUACUGCGCUAUCCUUUCGGGUAGCGGUCCCAGUGCUAUAUCUGCGUGGGAGCCCGAUGAAAUCACCCAAGAGACAAUCAGCAACUUCAUACUUGAUUGUUUUAAAGGCCUUACUGAUAUCACGGUGUCCAAAAACCGACAGGUUCAAUUCAUACACGAGUCAGUUAGAGACUUCCUACUCAAGGAAGAUGGGUUGUCCAAGGCCUGGCCCGAGUACAAUGUCAACUUCCAAGGCCGAAGCCACGAAAGAUUGAAACAUCGCUCAAAGACAUACCUCGCUACCGAUCUGGAAAAAUGGCUGAAGAUUCCUAAUCCUCUGCCAAAAGCAUCCUCCCCGGAAGCGAAGAACUUACGUCGGUCGGCUAGGCAGCAAUACCCAUUGCUAGAAUACGCCGUUCAAAACAUUUUCUAUCACACAGACUUGGCAGAAUCUCACGGUAUCUCUCAAGCCAGAUUUCUAGACGAUUUCAAGCUUGAGCGCUGGGUUCAGCUAGACAACAUGCUCCAGAAGUUUGACUCUCGCAGGCAUCAACCCAGUGUCAGCCUUUUGUACAUACUGGCUGAACUGGAUUGCGCAAACCUGAUUCACCUUCAUCUUCCAAAAGGCCAGGUUUUAAGGAUUGAGGCAGACCGGUAUGGGUUCCCUCUUUUCGCUGCUGUUGUUCACGCAAACAAUGCAGCGACCCAAGCUCUCUCGACUGCCCUUCGACCAGCUUCGCCAGGCCAAAUUGUGGAAAACAGGCAUGCGGAAAUCGAGAACCAGAUUACAGUCAAUAACAAGCGCGAGCUUCGUCGGUACUAUAGGAAGAACCGACGCCUCAUGCUUAACGCCAAGUUGGUCUUCCCCGAGUGGCUGACGAUCCUGUUGCUCGGGUCAUCAGAGUAUGACACCAAUUCUCCGCCUUCUGAAUUUCAAUAUGCAUUAUUCGACGCAUCAGAAAAAGGUUAUGAAGAUAUAGUUGAGCUGUUGCUGCGCAAUAAAGCGGCUAUUUUGGACGACCAGCCUGAUUCGCGAGAUCGAGCGCUGCAUGCUGCAAUUGAAAACGGACACGGGUCGAUUGUCAAACUACUUGUUUUCGCAGGUGCAAACAUCGAAGCAAAGAAUCGCAAAGAUUGCAACGCAAUUCACAUAGCAUCGCGAGAAGGGUUUCUAGAUAUCGUAGUAUUCUUACUGGACAACCGCCCUGACCUUAUUGACACUAUGCUCAAGGUACUGCUCUUCACACAGCUUGCCGAGAAGGUCAUAAACGUACAGUCAAAUUAUUGCUAG